AUGACUGACGAUUCAAGAAAGUCUGCCAUUGAUAAUUGGCUUCCUGUCACUGCUUCUAGAAAUGCCAAAUGGUGGUAUUCUGCUUUUCACAAUCUCACCGCCAUGGUUGGUGCUGGUGUCCUCAGUCUUCCUUAUGCCAUGUCAAAGAUGGGCUGGGGUCCUGGCGUGGUUGCACUGCUAUUGUCAUGGAUCAUCACCUUGUUCACACUAUGGCAAAUGGUUGAGAUGCACGAAAUGGUUCCCGGCAAGAGAUUUGACCGGUACCACGAGUUAGGGCAGUAUGCCUUUGGUGAAAAGCUUGGCCUAUACAUCGUGGUUCCCCAACAGCUACUUGUUGAGGUUGGCACAUGCAUUGUUUAUAUGGUCACCGGAGGCAAAUCUCUUAAGAAGUUUCAUGGCAGCGUUUGUCCCACAUGCAAAGACAUCAGAACCUCCUAUUGGAUUAUGAUCUUUGCAUCUGUCAACUUUGUACUCUGUCAAUGCCCCAGCUUCAACUCUAUUUCUGCUGUCUCUCUAGCUGCAGCCAUCAUGUCUAUUGCCUACUCAACUAUUGCUUGGGUGGCUUCACUUAUGAAGGGAGUUCAACCAAAUGUGGAUUAUGGCUACAACGCAAAGAGCACAGCAGAUGGUGUGUUCAACUUCAUGACUGCCUUGGGAGAUGUAGCAUUCGCCUAUGCAGGCCACAAUGUAGUUCUGGAAAUCCAAGCAACGAUGCCUUCAACCGAAGAAGUGCCUUCCAAGAAACCAAUGUGGAACGGAGUUAUCCUUGCAUACAUAGGAGUGGCAAUCUGCUACUUCCCUGUUGCCUUCAUUGGAUACUAUGUAUUUGGAAACUCGGUUGAAGAUAACAUCCUCAUCACUCUUGAGCACCCUAUUUGGCUCAUUGCUGCUGCUAACAUGUUUGUUAUUGUCCAUGUUGUUGGUGGCUACCAGGUGAGUUUCAUUUUUCAGUUCGUUGACUUCUUGUGCUUUUUAUUCAAUCAGCAUUCUCAGGUUCUACACUUCUACUUUGGAUAUGGAAACAACAGGUAUUUUCUAUGCCAGUGUUUGAUAUGAUGGAAACCUUAUUAGUGAAGCAGUUUAAGUUCCCCCCUUGCUUCACACUUCGAUUCGUUGCCCGCACUCUAUUUGUAGGUAUGUGAGGUGAUUGCUUAUGGACCCUUUUUUUCUUAGCUUGAAUUUUGAACUGCUAUCUAGAUUAAGUACAUUUUAUCCCACUGUUACAGCAUUCACAAUGGCAAUUGCUAUAUGCGUCCCAUUCUUUGGUUCACUUCUUGGAUUUCUUGGAGGAUUUGCCUUUGCCCCAACAUCAUACUUCGUAAGUAUAUAAGCAAAGCAUUUAUUUUUCCUUUUCACAUAUUAUAUAAUCAAAUCACCUACGAAAGAAGACCUAGUAGUCAUCAUAUAUUAUCAAAUACUUAGUGUUGCAUUCUUCCUACUUGCAGCUGCCUUGCAUAAUAUGGCUUAAAGUUUACAAACCUAAGAGAUUUAGCUUGUCUUGGUUCGUAAAUUGGGUAUGUUAACUGACCCCUGUCAAUAAUCCUUGAACAGUCUCCUCUUAGUUUUAGUAAUUACGCUCAGACUUUGACCUGAUUUUUAUUAUAUUUCAGACAUGCAUUGUGAUUGGGGUACUUUUGAUGACAGUAUCCCCAAUUGGAGCACUGAGAAACAUCAUCAUUUCAAUCCAUAACUACAAGUUCUUCUCCUGAGCUAUUGUUUCAAGGGUAGCACCCUCAAUGAUUGCUUUGUUCGAAUAAUCUAUCAGUUGAUAGCUAGGCAGCUAGCUAUAGAUUCUAGUUCAAAUCGAGUAGGAAAUAUUAGAGCAUGCUCGGAUCUUUUACAAUAGAAUGUUACACCAGAAUUUAAGUUAGGGUGCAAAAUCUUUCAUGUUUUUUAGGCCUUUAAAAAUCAAUUUUGUUUAGGAUUCUUUACAUAUUUUGCCAUUCGUCUACACAACACAUACAUGAAUUCUGUACAUAACAUGUAGUUUCUUUGAGAUUUGCAAUCCAUCAAGAUGAAGAGUUGUCUGUCACAAGUGAUUUUUCUAUUUUAUAUGCAGACAACCAUAUUAUUCCCACCAAGAAUGCAAUAAUGGUACGGCAUAUUAUUAUUAUUAUUUUUAUUAUAGAAGAAGAUAAGAUGAGUAUUCAUAUGCAUUAGGAUGAAGACUCACCAACAUGUAGUAAGAUGCCAAAUUCAUCCGAAUUAGAAGCCUUUUAAUAGCUAAACAAAA